AUGGACGCACAGAACUUAGCGAAUGCACAGCAACCUGGACAACCAAACCCAGAGAAUAUUCCAAAUGAAGUUAGAAUACAAACUGCAAUGGCAAACUAUGGUCAAGUGCCAACAGAUGUACAAAUGCAAACUGCCAUGUCAAAUGACGCUGCGUUAGGUUUGCCACCAUGGUAUGCAAAUAUGAGAUGGAAAGAGUUUUAUACAAACCCUGAAGUGGGAUAUAAACAACUUUAUGCAGAUGACGCGAACACAGGAGUUGACCCAGAAUAUGUUUUCUACCAGAGGAGAAACAGAAUGUAUUUGGAUGGUCACAUUUACUAUGCACAUGGCAAUGAACAAACAGCCGCAAAACUUCUUGACGCUUUCAAGACUACAAAGAGAGAACAAAUGGUUGACUCCGACUCAGACAUUUUGAAUGCAAUUGAAGGAAUUGCAAGUGUCAAGUUCGAAUGGUACCAACCUAACCCUCAAGCAGUCAGACAACAUGCUGGAUACUUCCCGUUCAUAAAUAAGUCUGACAUUGA